UCUAGUUCAGUUCUUGUUCAGUUCUCUUUCUAGUUCAGUUAUAUUUUAAUUCUAGUUGACUGUAGUCUGCCGCUUUUCGCCUGUGGUCUUAAUUGUAGUUCACUUAUUACGUAUUUGCUAAAACGUGCAAGAAUUAAAGAAAGAAGGGAUGACAAGAAGAAAUUGCUGCACAUACCGGCAGCUAAAAGCAAUGCGCACGCAAAAUUAAAUCAAAACAAACUUCUGUGUAAAAAGUGAACAAUUUACAUAAUAUUUUAUAAGCAAAGAACAUUUCGACCGAAAUAAACCCCCUUGAUAUUUUAUUGUCUGGCAGUUGGAAUAGACAAGUUGUUAAAGAAAGCUGUCAAAAAUUUUUAGCUAAACAUUUAUAAUUACAAGAAAAACUAAAUAAAAACAUUAAUAGAUAAAAUUCUAAAUAAAAAAAACUGAUUUAAAUUAUUAAAAAUUAAUUUAAUAACUAGAAAAUUUUAUAAUAAUUACAAAACAAACAACUAAAUGCCAAAAGAAAAAUCCUUUAAGAAUUCCCUAUAAAAAAAUAAAGAAAACCAGUGUUGUGUGGCUAAAAAUCGAUAAAUAACAAGGAAAAUCUUUAAUAUAAAUCACAACACUAGAAACUUAAAUAAUGGCUGCUAACAAUAAAUGUAUAAUUUAUAUUAAUAAACCGGAAAAGGAUUUAACAGUAAAUGCAAUAAAUAACAAAGAAAAUCAAGUUACUUCUUGUAAACAACAGAAAUCGAAAAGCGCCUUUAAGGCGUCCAUAACUUUAGAUGAACGUCUAUCAAAGGAUGUUAAUGGUGUGUUCCCUAAAAGAAGACAAGACGUUCUCAAGUGGUAUGGUUGGGGUUAUAAGGAUUCCGAAUUUUAUGUUAAAAAUAAUAUCAUACAUUUUCGUGGUGAUAGGUAAGCGAAAACAAUAUACUUUUUAUUCCAAAUAUAGGCAGCUAUAUAAUCCAGUGUAGUCUAUAGUCUAGUA